AUGCAACGCCCCGACGAUUCGCGACGGAGCGCGUCGUUUUGCCAGACCAAGCUCUGCAAGUUGAAGGUGAGGAUCGGGAAGAGGCUGAGAAAGCUGAGGAAGGGCGUGGUUUUGAGCAUGUCGGCGGCGAGGUUGAGGAUUUACCGGAUGAUUAGGAUUCAGUGGAAGCGGUUGUUCGGCGACUGCUCAAUCGCCGGCGGCGGUGGUGGUGUUCUUCGUGCUGCUGCCACUCUCAUUAACCUUGUUGUGGAAAAUAUUGUUGGGUACAAGAUUAUUGCUAUUGUCAACUUGAUCAAGGAAGAAAGGUAUUUGACAGGGUUAGCGUUUAUGACUGGAGUCAAUCUGGUGUUGACAACUUUUGUUGUUGUGUUGUGUGUGUUCUUUGCACCAACUGCAGCAGGACCUGGGAUCCCCGAGAUCAAAGCUUAUCUUAAUGGGAUUGAUACACCAAACAUGUUUGAUGCCACUACUUUGCUUGUUAAGGUAGGAUUCUUCAGUAAUCUGGCACUUAAGAACAUUUGGUUGUUGGAUUGA